AAUAGAACGAAUAUUCUCCUGACAAUUUGCUAUCUUCAACACCACGUGACAUGACGUUGCGCUCGGCCGGGCUCUCACAUGCCGAGGAUCUUUCUGGCUUUUGCGGAUGCAGCCAACGCCAUUAAAUGCCGUGCUCUUCUUCAUUCUCCUACAUCCCCCCCACCUGGGUCUUCUUUCUUUUUGCUCUGCUCUGAAACAUCCUCUGAAUCGCAUCUUUUUCCUCUCCCCAUGACCCUGUUAGCACCUGCGAUUCGUUUGGGCGGAAGUUAUCACCAAUAGCUGAUCCGACUUUCCUCUUACCGAGGUCCCGAGAUACCAUGGACGCUCUCCUGUCCCGUUUGGACUCCAUCGUCCUCAACCCCGAGCUUGCGCCUCUUCUCUCGUUGCUCAAGGGUAUCCGUAAUGGCGUCGUUUACGGAUCAAAAGUGCGAUUCCCGCACGCUUUGGUAAUGAUCUUUCUCUUUCGCUCUGGAACCUUCCGAGAAAAGGCCAAGCUUGUCCUCAGUGCCACGCGCCAACAUGCGCGGAACCUUGCGACCUUCGCAUUAAUAUACAAGAGCUCGAUGAUUGUCCUGCGGAAUGUGAAUCCGGCCGGUGUCGGGAAAGAGGGUCGCUACGAUAGCUUCUUCGCGGGGUUGCUAGGAGGGUAUGCCGUGUUUGGACGGCACUUUAACGGCGUCAGCCAGCAGAUCGUCAUCUACAUCUUCGCUCGAGUGAUGCUUGCUCUGGCUAAAAUUGCCGUUGCACCGAACACGCACCCCCUUUCCUCCCUCAUCACACCCGAAGCUCGAACUAAGCUUUACGACAAUGCCUGGCCAGCUUUUGCUAGUCUGAGCUGGGCUCUUGUCAUGUACAUUUUCCGCUGGUACCCCGAGACUCUCGCGUCGAGUCUUAGAAGCAGCAUGGUUUAUAUAUAUGCCGACUCGGAUCACUGGGAUUCUUUCCGCAACCUCUUAAUACACAACAAAUAGAUUUACCCAGGCUGGAUCGACCUUUUUUGUUUACGGCGCAUGGCGUUCAGAGUUAUAUCGUUGGCCCUUUCCCUUCGUUGUCUAUUUUUAACACCGGUAUUCUAUUUUUAUAUCUAACUUUUGGGCGUGGAAUCUCCCAACAUGGAAUUACCCAGGGCGUGCUUGUGCCACAGCCAUUUUGAUAGUGCGGACUGCGUUGAAACCCUCCCGCGGGCGGAUGGGGGAGUCAUUGGUCCUUUGACCAAUGUAAGUAUACAGGUUUUUGUGAGAAAGAUGCAUCAUCCGACUCGGGAUGGUACUCUGUAUGCUUCAUAACCUAAGAAUAAACCAU